AUGGCGGCUGCCGGGCCGGAGCGCGAGGCGGCGGCGGAGCCCGAGGAGCCGGGGCUGGUCCCCGCGGUGGCCCCACAGCCCCCGCCCGGGGCUCCCCCAGCGGCCGAGGCGCCCGCGCAGCCCGAGCCCCGGGAGCCCCCGGAGCCGCUGGAGGCCGGCGAGGUGGCGCGGAGGCUGCAGAGGACGCGGCGGGAGCUGAGCAACCGCAGGAAGGUGCUGCUGCGGAACCUGCCGCCCGACACGCACAGCCAGGAGGUUCAUGAUUUGCUGAAAGACUAUGAACUAAAGUAUUGUUAUGUGGACAGAAACAAAAGAACAGCUUUUGUUACCUUAUUGGAUGGGGAGCAAGCCCAAAAUGCCAUCCAGACAUUUCACCAAUAUUCUCUUCGUGGAAAAGAGAUAACUGUUCAGCUCCAGCCCACAGACGCUUUGCUGUGCAUCACCAAUCUGCCCCCUUCUUUUACGAUAGAAGAAUUUGAGGAACUGGUCCGGACAUUUGGCAAUAUUGAGAGGUGCUUUUUGGUCUACAAUGAAAUCACCGGCCAUUCCAAGGGCUAUGGAUUUGUAGAGUACAUGAAAAAAGACUCUGCCGCCAAGGCGAGGUCAGAACUGUUGGGUAAACAGUUAGGAGGCUUCACUCUCUUUGCACAGUGGAUGGAUGUGAAUCAGCUGGCCACAGAUCUCAUUCAUUCUAAGUGCCUAUGCAUCGAUAAACUCCCCAGGGACUUCACGGACUCCCAAGAACUCCUGCAAGCUUUCUCCUUUAAUCAUAAGCCUGUGUUUGGUCAGUUGGCACAGGACGAAGGGAGCUAUGCAGACGGCUUUGCAGUCAUUGAAUAUGAAACGGCAGAGCACGCUGAGGAGGUUCAACAGGUGACUGACGGGAUGACGCUCAAGGGAAACCAAGUCCAGGUAUCCUUCUGCGCCCCGGGAGCGUCUGGACGGAGUACUUUAGCUGCACUGAUUGCUGCCCAGAGAAUGAUGCGCAAUAAUCGAAAGGGUUUACUUCCAGAGCCAAAUCCAGUCCAGAUCAUGAAGAGUUUAAACAACCCCGCCAUGUUGCAGAUUUUGCUACAACCACAGUUACAUGGACAUGCUGCAGUUCUCGGAGCCCCUGCCAGUUUGUCUCAUCUGGUGAACCCAUCCAUCACCCCUGCAUUAUUGCAGUUGAAUAAAAUACACCAGCAGAAUUCAGUUAUGAGCAAUACCUCUCGUUUAUUGCUUCAGAAUCUCUCUUACUUACAACUGGCCCAGCAACAGCUAAUGAAGAUUGAGAAUAUUCAUACAAACAGCAAGCCUGGAUUACUGGGUGAACCUCCUGCUAUGGUUCUUCAGACGGCGUUAGGAACCGGGGCAGCACCAUCCCUGAAGUCAGAAUUGGGGCACCGGGGAGAAGAACAUAAAACAGGAGCAGGGAUCUUACCGUUCUUUCCAAAUCAGCACAUGGUUGGCCAAGGUGGGCCAGGGCCAAGCACUCCUCAGGACAAACCAUCAGCCAUGUUGGGAUCGCCAGAAGGAACCGUCUCAGGGCCGCAGACUUAUCUUCCGGGCUUUACAAAUCCUGCUGCUGGAGGCUUGGGGACGGGUCAGCCCAGGCAACAAAAUCAGCCCAAAAGCUCCGAAGCAAGUACAGGGACUGUCUCUAAGAAUCAGACUUCGCUUUUGGGGGAACCACCAAAAGAAAUCCGGCUUAGUACCAAUCCGUACUUGAACUUGGCGAGUGUAUUGCCUGGAGUUUGUUUACCAGGUCUCUUCACCUUUAAGAAACGAAAAGCGAGGCUCCUCAUACCUCAUUUCUGCCCCCGAAGGGAGCUCAGUGGAAUUUGCUGACCAACAUUCUCAGGGCACAGGAGGGUAUUAUGCAGAAUCCUACUUAAAGAAGAAGCGCGUCUACUGAGGUUCCCUCCAUCGGUCGGUCUUCCCGUCUGCUCCGCGUAGCUCAUUUCCAGGACCUCUGCUGUUCAUCGCUGCCUUAAAGUCGGCCAGACUAGCCAUCUCCUUGGAAAAAAAAAAACAGAUCACCGUUCCCAGGAGGAACGUUGAGUGCUUCACAGAUGGCAGAUUUGCCAAAUGAAAAUACGAAGCAAUAAUUUUAAAAAAGAAGACAUCCACUGAGACCAUUUCCUGCUAGUAUUAGGUGCAUCCCAAAUAAUGCGUUAAACUUAUCAUAGAUUGCUGAGAUUAACAAUGUCCCUUACUUUCUGACUACAGAAAUCAAUUUUCCGAUAAUCAUUUUGAUACAUUCUCUAAUCGUCUAAAGCAAUAAAGAGAAAACCCUUGUUUCCUGAGCCUUAGAAGGGGAGUCUAAUGACAGGUUGAUUUUUUUUUCUUUUAUUUUACCCUGUAAGCCAAUGUUCAUUCUGACCUGUUUCCACUAGCUUCCUUUGUAGGUGUGAGAUAUCAUGAUGUAGCAGGAAAAGCACUGGAUUUGGAGUCCAAGGACCUGGAUUCGAGUCCCAACUACUUCCUGUUACCACUUGGUUGACUUUAGGCAUACCUAAAUUCCCUAGUUUCCUCAUCUUAGAAAUGAAGAGGUUGGACCCAUUGACCUUUAAAGUUCUUUUGAACUCUUAAGUCUAUGGUUGUCUGAGCUUUUCCCACAGUUGUAAAAAAGCAUGCUUCAAGCAGCAGCCAUGACUUUGUUUUGAGAAAGCUUUAUGUACAAAAAGAAAUUCCUGGCAUACAAUCAGCUUUGCAGCACAAACUCCACGUUGAGACACACAGGUAGUGUGAUUGGUAGAUGAUGGUUAGCCAUAGCUUUAUUUCUUUUGUAGCUAUCUUACUUUGAAAGUAUGAGAAUUAUUUUGCAUUUUAAAAAUCACUUUUUUUUAACUUACAUGUGAAACAGUGAAAAACAACUAAAUAGUCUAGAAUCACUUUUCUUUUUCUAUCGUAAUUGUUAAAAAACUCAUUUUGAUGAUGUUGGUACCACUUCUUUUGGCUUGGGUAAUCGAGGGAGCUGGCUAACUUCAGCUUGGUUUUAAAGGCUCUAGAGACUUUGGGGGAAGGCCUUUGCCCUUUGGCCCUCUGAAGUGUCCGUGGAUUUGAAUUGGUCCAUACUUCCUACCCCUUAAAGAAUUUUGACCUUGAUUCACCACAGACUCGUGGUUGGCAGGGAGGCCAAGGCUUCCUAAAAGAGAGCUGAGGCACAAAGUCACUCAGCCACUAGCCACACGAGCCGUCACUUUGGUGGCCAUCUCCUUCCUUCUUCCAAAGCAGUCAGGCGCUCAGCAUCUUCCUUCCUGUUACCCCAUGAGACAAGUGAGUGCUUUGGCAAAAGUCAAAGCGCCACAUAAAUGCUAGUUAUUAUUAUCAUCGUUACUGCUCUGAAGGAGCCUACUGUGGUACCAGUAUUUAUUACCUCUUUGGUCUUGAGGAUCAAAUGAGGUAUUUGUAAAGCGCUUAGCACAGUGCCUGGCACAUAGUAGGUGCUUAAUAAAUGUUUGUUUCUCCUCUCCCUCCCCCAUGAGCCUAAACUUUAAUUCACGAUCUUCAGUACAAACCCUCACCUGUACGGUAACUGACAGUACUGCCACAAUGUCUGAAGGAUACAGGAAGCCCCUGCAAUCCAGAAAGUUUCCAGAUGUGUGAGAUACAAAUGCGGUAAUUGAUCACACAGACCCUGGCUCUUUAAGGAUUCCAAGCUUGUGCAAAAUGGAAUUAAAGGUGUCCUCGGCCAUUUUUCAGAUUUUUUAUUGAGACCUGAAGAAAAUCUGCCCUGUUUUCAUUAUGUCAUAUGGUGUUGAUGCUUCAUCAUGCUUUGUGUACUCUGUAGAGAAUUUUAAUUUGCUUACCUUCCUGCCUAUCCUUAAAUUGCAUCUGUUUAAUUCCAGCAUGUAGCCAAGUGCCUUGCACACAGUAGGCACUUAAUAAAUGCUUGUUGAUUGAUCAGACAUUUUGCAAAUUAAACUAAUGGUGUAGUUACGUAGCUCUUUCUUCAACUUGCAAAUGAUUUAUCAAGUGAGGCUGGGACUAGAUUCAUGAUUUCAUUGAUAAAGGGAACUCCCGGUGGAGAAACUUCCUCUACCAGUGAAGCUGGCAUAUGGGCAUCUGCUGCAGGUCAAGUGGUCUGCCCAGGGUCACCCAGCAAGGAGGGGGGGUGCAAAUGGAGAGGAGAGCGUUGAACACCAGGUGUCCUGAGUGCAACCCUACCAUGCUGUCUCUCAUACUGAGCAGUAUAAUGUGAUUAUUCAACAACUCGCUCACAAUUGAUCUAUGUCCCAUGUUUUCCUCUCCCUUGUUCCUUCCUGCCUUGCACUGAAUGUUUUCAGGGAUCAGUAGCCCUUCUCAAGAGAAGCAAACAGGAAAGCAAAAAAGGAAAACUCUAAAAUCAGGACUGUUAACAAGCAGCUGCACAGACCCAUCAAAGUUUGUUUGUGGAGAGGAAUGAAAACCUGGCCUAAAACACAGAGUUGGGGUUACUGGGGAUUUUUUUUUUAAUCUGGGCUAUUCCUAUUGCUUGUUACUACUAUAAUCAGUCACCUGGCCUAUUACUGGGGGGUGGGGGGAAUCCAUAAAAAUUCUGUAUUAUAGUUAUUUUUCUAUGUAAUCAAACUAAAAUGCUCUGUGUUCAUCAAAUUCUUAAUAUUAAAAAGACAUAUGCAUGUCAA